CCGAUAAUCACCACCAACCUGUGAAGGGAGCCCCAGUUUCUAAGCAACAAGACAAGCUUCUACACAAUGCCAGGCUUCGCAGAUAUCAAGGACCGAGCGUCCAACGUUUUCGGUGGAGUUGGGUUCGAAAAGUUCGAAAUGCCCAAGCACGGAUACGACCAGAUGGACGGGGCAGCGGUCGGUGGCGCCUACCAAGCCGACACCGGCGGCAACGAUUCGCCGAUGUCGUUCGAGGAGAUUGAGCGGCCACCGUUACGCCACGUCGACAAGUACGUCCGGGCGGAGUGUCCCUGCAUCAAGACGACCCGCUACACGAUCUCGCUGAUGACCUGCCUUGGUUUUAUCAUUUCGUUUGGCAUGCGCUGUAACAUGGGCAUGGCCAAGCUGCAGUUCGAGAACGGGUCGGUAAAAUACAACUGGACCGUCGCGAUGGAGAGUGCCGUCGAUUCGUCUUUCUUCUGGGGCUACCUGGUAACGCAAGUGCCAGGCGGUUUCCUAGCCUCCAUGUUCCCGGCCAACCGUAUCUUCGGUACGGCCAUCGCAAUCUCGGCCUUUCUCAACCUUCUCGUCCCGGGCGCCAUGAUGCUUCAUCCGACUGUCGUAAUUCUCGUACGCGUUCUACAAGGUUUAGUUGAGGGUGUAACGUAUCCCGCCUGCCACGGUAUAUGGCGCUUCUGGGCCCCACCGCUUGAACGCUCCAGACUCGCAACGAUGGCGUUCAGCGGUUCGUACGCGGGCGUUGUGAUAGGCAUGCCAAUGUCCGGCAUACUGACCGGUUCCAUUAGCUGGCACGCUCCGUUCUACUUCUACGGUGUGAUGGGCCUCAUCUGGUACUGCUUUUGGCUGUGGUUAUCGUUUGAGAAACCGCGCCAACAUCCAACCAUCUCCGUGAAGGAGCUCAAGUACAUCGAAAAGUCACUGGGCGAAUCGGUACAGCUACCGAUGCCAACCAUAGCAACGACUCCGUGGCGUCACUUCCUGACGUCGAUGCCUGUGUACGCGAUCAUUGUGGCGAACUUUUGCCGCUCGUGGAACUUCUAUCUGCUGGUACUGUACCAGAGCGCAUACCUGAAGCAUUCGUUCGACUUCCGGAUUGAAGAGACGGGUUUGCUGGGAGCACUUCCCCAUCUGCUGAUGACGAUCAUCGUCCCGUUCGGUGGAAUGUUGGCCGAUCACAUCCGAAAGUCAGGCAUCUUGUCGACUACCAACGUGAGGAAGCUGUUCAACUGUGGUGGGUUUGGGCUUGAGGGUCUGUUCUUCCUGGUCGUAGCACAUGCCACCAGUCCUAUGGGUGCAGUGACGGCACUGACGCUGGGUGUUGCCUUCAGUGGGUUCGCCAUAUCCGGUUACAACGUCAAUCAUCUGGACAUUGCACCACGCUACGCCAGUAUUCUGAUGGGAAUGUCCAACGGCAUUGGUACGAUAGCGGGCCUGAUCUGUCCUAUCGCGAUAGACCAUCUUACACGGGGGCAGCCUAAAUCCUGCUGGUCAACAGUGUUCACGAUAGCGGCCACCGUACAUCUGGUGGGCAUCACGUUUUACGCCAUAUUUGCGUCCGGUGAGCUACAACCUUGGGCGGAACCAACAAUAGAAGAGCAACGAGCCUGGGAUCCAGUAGGUUCAGGUUACGAGAAGGAAACAACCUUCAACGAUGCAGGUGACGGUGGUACAGCCGGUGGUAUGAUGGAUCCUUCGGCACAGAUUAAUACCACCAAGACGGUAUCGUACGGUGCGGUUCAGCAGCACGUUGCCAACAAUCCGUUCGCCUACCCAACCGCUAUCAGCGAGGAACCGGUGCAACCGGAAGCGAGGGACACGUACUUACACGGAAAUCCCACUGAGCGUACCUACUGACCUGCUCGCAUGAAGAAAACCGUAACAUUUAGCAUGAAC